AAGAGUCGUCCCGAGUUAGUUAACAAACAUGAAGAUACAAAUCAAUGCAACUGUGUGUCUAGGCUUACUGCUUUUCUUUACAUUCGCCAUACACGAACUAUUCGCCCAAAAGUCGUGUACACUACCAAAGCCGAACUUUUGUACGCGUAACAUGAACAUUGCCGAGAAAUAUGCCUUUAUAAAGAGACCCAAGCCUUUCCUCUGUGACACUAAAACUGAAGGGGGAGGGUGGAUCGUUAUACAGAGACGUGUUCAUCAAGACACCAGCUUCCAAAGAAACUGGGAGGACUACAAGUUCGGCUUCGGAUCUCCUUGUACUGAGGACUACUGGCUGGGUAAUGAGAGAGUUCAUCAGUUGACUUCUCGGGGUCAGUACGAACUGAGAAUAGAUAUGACCUACCAAAAACAAAACUAUUACGCUUCCUACAGUAGUUUUAAGGUCGACAACGAAACAAACCAGUACAGGCUGACUUUGGGCGAAUUUCAAGGCAAUGUAACAAAUGAAUUAGUGAACCACGACACUAUGAUGUUUAGCACCCCUGACAGGGACAAUGACCUGGGACCUAACCAUAGCUGUGCAGGGCAAUACCAAGCUGGUUGGUGGUAUAAACUUUGCCAUAUGACGAAUCUGAAUGGUCAUUUUGGCAUCAAUGCAUUCGGGUUCGGUGUCAUCUGGUACGGUCUAACAACGGACUAUGACUCACUAUCGUCUGUUGAAAUGAAGAUAAGGAAGAUUAAAUAAGUAUGGAAAGUCAUAUUGGUUAUUUUUUUUUUAAAUAUAGCAUUUUAGAUAAACUAAAAAUGACAUGUAUACAAAAUAUUCCCCAUUGUAAAAUUUUAGGUAUGAGUAUAAAAUAAAUUACUUGUUUCAAUAUUGUAUUAUAUAUUUGUUGAUUGUAGUUACUUUGUUUCAAAAUGAAGAUGAGGAGGAUUAACUAAGCAUGGGGAAUCCUAUUGAUUAUUCAAAAAAAUAUAUAAUAUUUUAGAUAAAGUAGAAAUUGCAUGUAUUAACAAUACUCUUUAUUGUUUAAUUUAGGCAUUGAAAUAAAAUAAACUACUUGUUUAUUAAUUGAAUUUGUUGUUUGUGGUGAGUUUGUUUCAAAUAUCUUCUUUAAUCUUUGUUUUUAUUUAUAAAGGUUAUAUCUACUCACUCAGUCUGUCUGGUACUUUAUCUAUUUUACACGUCAUUUCUCCCACACUCAUCCUCGGAUCAAGUGAAAACCUGACACAACUAUCUAUUGCACCUAACAAAACAUGUAUCAAAAACUUUGUAUUGAGAGAUGUGGAUGUAUACAUGGAGUUAUUUCCCUUAUUACAUUUUGUACACGUUUUUUUUUCUCCAACCUCCUAUUCUCGGAUUAAGUUGAAAUUUAGCUUCAUUAUUCAUAAUCAAUGAUGAUACUCGAAUCAAUAAAAAAUUAUUUUUUUUAAUCAUAUAAUGUUAAUUUUUUUCUAGAAAAAGGGAAUUAUUCAUGCAGUAUUGAGAUAUAUGGCAUUAAAGAUUUUAAAUAAAUA